AAUAUGGCGUCGAGUCAGUGGACAAGGUCGGAGGAUAAGAUGUUUGAGCAAGCUUUGGUUCUUUUCCCUGAAGGAUCUCCUAAUCGGUGGGAGAGAAUCGCUGAUCAGCUUCACAAAUCUGCUGGUGAAGUUAAGGAGCAUUACGAGGCUUUGGUUCAUGAUGUCUUUGAGAUUGAUGCUGGUCGUGUUGAUGUCCCUGAUUACAUGGAUGACUCCGCCGCCGCCUCGGCUGGUUGGGACUCUGCUGGUCAGAUCUCUUUCGGCUCUAAACAUGCUGAUAGUGAACGGAAAAGAGGAACUCCUUGGACUGAGAACGAACACAAAUUGUUUCUGAUUGGAUUAAAGAGAUAUGGUAAGGGAGAUUGGAGAAGCAUCUCGAGGAACGUUGUGGUUACGAGGACGCCGACGCAAGUCGCGAGUCACGCACAGAAGUAUUUUCUGAGACAGAACUCGGUUAAGAAGGAGAGGAAAAGGUCGAGCAUACAUGACAUCACGACGGUUGACACUAACUUGGCUAUGCCUGGGUCUAACAUGGACUGGACUGGACAGCACGGGAGUCCUGUUCAGGCACCGCAGCAGCAACAGAUUAUGUCUGAGUUUGGUCAGCAAUUGACUACUCCUGGUCAUUUUGAGGAUUUCGGUUUUCGGAUGUGAAGUUAAAGGGGAAAGAAGAAAUUGUGAUGGGGGUUUAGUUUUUAAUAGGGGGUUUUACUCAUUUUAUGUGAAUAGGAAAGAAGAAGAACAUAGGAUUGGGUAAUUUUCUUUAUACAGAUGAUCAUGAUGCUGAAAGAAUAAAAAUUAUGUAUAGGGGAAGCUUUUUGUAAACACAGAUAUGUUUGGUAUUUUGAAUCAAUGCAUAUGGUUGGUUUCUUCA